CUCUUGGUGCAAAAGAAAGCUUGUGUUCUCGGAUAUCAUAGUAUCCUUAAGCAACUCAAGAUCCGUUCUCAUACGCGAGUGUGUCGGGAGGUUGCCCGUUCCCAGCGGAAAGAGAGAAGCAAUGGAGUACCAUCCCGUCGUGGAGAUCCCUGAGGAAGUCGUGCGAAGCGCAACGCUGGCCUCCCUUGCUGCUAAUCAAUCAACGACCGGAGCGCCGCUGGCGCUGUCGCUGGUAGACCAUCCAGCCGCCGCACCCUCGAUCUCCUUUGCUCACGUCAUGGGCACCGCACUGUCGUCCCAGCCGGGAUAUCAUUCCGCUGGCGCUGAUCUGGGGCUCCAGCAGCCGUCCGAGGUCGCUGGUUUCGACAGCCUUGCGAUGCAUCCCUCUCAAUUCUCGGGCUAUUCCAUGGGCACGCUGCAACAGAACCCUUCGCUCCUGAUGUUUCACGGAUCGCCAUCAACACCGUCUUUGCUGCCCGAAUCGACUCUUACUUUACUGCCCGAGACUGCCGCUGCAGCUGCGGCGGCUCAGCCUGCCCGCCCAAAGUCCAAGCUGUUUACUUCGGAACAAAACUCGGCUCUGCUUGCGAGCUUCAACAAGUCCAUGUACCUGUCCGAGUCGGAAAGGUCCCGACUGGCGAAGGAGCUGAACCUGCAAGAUAGUCAGAUUUCCAACUGGUUCAGCCGACAACGAUCCAAGAUGAAGAAGAAGGGUGAGUAUCCGAUCAAGCAUCGGAGUCCCUGAGCCAGGAAGCUGCAUCCCGAUGCAUGCAUCCCCUUCAUUUGUACGGCCGCUCCUUCGCCAUCGGUGCCGUGGAUUCAGUG